UCUACUUGUACCUACACCAGAGCUCGUUGACAGACUCCGUGCUCACAGAGAGCCCGCACCAGGAUGGGUGCUCUCCAGGCGCAAAGGAUAUUAUGGAUGUGUGUCUUGAUCCUUACUCUUUCUAUCUUCACAGGAGUGUGUGGUUUAAACGUCUGCACCUCCAGAGGGGCCAGCACAUGCAAGCAAUGUCUGGCUGUGCACCCCAGCUGUGCGUGGUGCUUCCAGGAGGAUUUCGGCCAGGGGGUUGCCAGUUCUUCCCGCUGCAAUCUGAAGAAUGAGCUGGUGGCGGCGGGCUGUGCUCCAUCAGCUCUGGCGUCUCCAACCAGCAGACUGCAUGUGAUCGAGAACCGGCCCCUCAGCAACAAGGCGGCAGGUGCCACACAAAGCGUCACCCAGAUAAAGCCCCAGAAACUACACAUCACCCUCAGACCAGAUGAUGCUCAGCGCUUCACAGUAAAGGUGCGUCAGGUAGAGGACUACCCUGUAGAUCUAUACUACCUUAUGGAUCUCUCCUACUCCAUGAAUGAUGACCUCUUCCGCCUGAGGACACUGGGCAAAGGCCUGGCCGAGGCCAUGAACCGCACCACCAGCAACCUACGCAUGGGCUUUGGGGCUUUUGUGGACAAGCCGCUCUCACCUUACAUGUACAUCUCCCCCAAAGAGGCUGUGAAGAACCCUUGCUACAGGUAA